AUGUCACUCGCUCGUAAUAUCACAUCAACAUCAAAUUAUUCUAGACGUCCAUCUCUCUCUCAAAUUCCAACUGUUCAUUCCAUUCAUCCCGUUCAUUCUCCCUCUCCGUUUCAAAUUGAUAUUUCCUCUUCUAAAUAUUCUAAUUCCUCGUCAUCACCAAAUAUUCCUUGUUCUUCAUUAUUUCCAUCGAAUUCUUUCUCAGCAUUUUAUUCUAUUUCAAACACUCUUCCAAAUUCUUUAUCAUCAUUAUCGACCUUUGGUAAUAUUAGUAAUGUUAAAAAUGAAGGACAUCAUAAUUAUCGUCAAGUAUUAAAAUACGAAUAA